GUGCCGGCUCUCUCGCCCGCCUGCCUGGAAAAGUGGGUUACAGGAGGAAGGAGCUCAGCUCAGACACUGGCAAAGGAGCAUCCAGCUACAGAGAGCCCAGAGAAGAACACCUUCCUUGUGCAGCCUUCUGCUCAUCUUUUCUAGAGGGUUUUAUAUUUGUACUCUUUUUAAAUUUUGUUCCUUUGACUUUUCUCCCCUCUGCUUGGGUUUUAUGAAGGCUUUGUUAAGUCUUAGAAGGAAAAGAGACUAAGCAAAGGAAAGAGAGGCUAAGUCGAAAGCACCACAAACUGGCAAGUCCCCUGUGCCUGUGCUGUGGAUGAAAGCCCUCUGUUUGUAAAACCCUCGCAGGGUGAGCAGCACGCACACACCCUCCAGAGUACCCCGCGGACCGGCACCUCGGCGGCGUGGCCACCAUGGUCGGCAGAGUUCAGCCUGAUCGGAAACAGUUGCCGCUGGUCCUACUGAGAUUGCUCUGCCUUCUUCCCACAGGACUGCCCGUUCGCAGCGUGGAUUUUAACCGAGGCACGGACAACAUCACCGUGAGGCAGGGGGACACGGCCAUCCUCAGGUGUGUGGUAGAAGAUAAAAACUCGAAGGUGGCCUGGUUGAACCGCUCUGGCAUCAUUUUUGCGGGGCAUGACAAGUGGUCUCUGGACCCCCGGGUUGAGCUGGAGAAACGCCAUUCUCUGGAAUACAGCCUCCGAAUCCAGAAGGUGGAUGUGUAUGAUGAGGGUUCUUAUACUUGUUCGGUGCAGACCCAGCAUGAGCCCAAGACCUCCCAAGUUUACUUGAUCGUGCAAGUUCCACCAAAGAUCUCCAACAUCUCUUCAGAUGUCACUGUGAAUGAAGGCAGCAAUGUGACCCUGGUCUGCAUGGCCAAUGGUCGUCCUGAACCUGUUAUCACCUGGAGACACCUUACACCGACAGGAAGAGAAUUUGAAGGAGAAGAAGAAUAUCUGGAGAUCCUGGGCAUCACCAGGGAGCAGUCUGGCAAAUAUGAGUGCAAAGCUGCCAAUGAAGUCUCCUCGGCAGAUGUCAAACAAGUCAAGGUCACUGUGAACUAUCCCCCCACUAUCACUGAAUCCAAGAGCAAUGAAGCUACCACAGGGCGACAAGCUUCACUCAAAUGCGAGGCCUCAGCAGUGCCUGCCCCUGACUUUGAGUGGUACCGGGAUGACACCAGGAUAAACAGUGCCAAUGGCCUUGAGAUUAAGAGCACGGAGGGCCAGUCCUCCCUGACGGUGACCAACGUCACUGAGGAGCACUAUGGCAACUAUACCUGCGUGGCUGCCAACAAGCUGGGAGUCACCAAUGCCAGCCUAGUCCUUUUCAAACGUGUCUUACCCACAAUCCCCCAUCCCAUUCAAGAAAUUGGCACCACCGUGCACUUCAAGCAAAAAGGACCCGGGUCGGUGAGAGGAAUAAACGGAUCCAUCAGUCUGGCCGUACCACUGUGGCUGCUGGCAGCAUCUCUGCUCUGCCUUCUCAGCAAAUGUUAAUAGAAUAAAAAUUGAAAAAUAAUUUUAAAAAAACACACAAAAUGCGUCACACAGGAUACAGAAAGAGAGAGAAUGAGAUGGGGGGAGACCGUUUAUUUCACAACUUUGUGUGUUUAUAAAUGAAGGGAACAUAAGAAAUCAGAGAAGAAAAUACAACAUUUAAAACAAUUUUAAAAUCCAUCAAUAAAGAUUUGCCUAUCAGUCAGGGUAAAACAUUCUACCAGGAAAUGUGUAUAUCUAAGCUAAUGUAUGCUGUGUAAUUCUACAUCAUGGAUGUAACUAAGAAUUCCAGAUGUUGUAAAAAUAAGAAAAGCGAAGACUUACCAGUUGGAUAUUAUCACCCCUCUCCCCCACCUACACACACACACAAACACAAACACAAACACACACACUUUAUCCUUCCUUCAUCCUUUUACAUCUGUGGGGAAAGAAAAGAAAAGGUCUUGCCUUUGAUGUUUCUAUUUUCAUCCUCUUUUUAUUCUGUUUUUCAUUUGAGCUGACUCGUAGCCACUUCAGACUUUGGAUGGGCUUCAUGCUGGAGUCCUGUGCUGAGCCUUUAUCUGGUUUGCCGCCACGAUCUUUCCUACAUUUAAGACCACCCCCUUCCUUCCCAGUGUUCUAUCUCCCCACCUGUAUCCCAGAUAUCUCCUCCUUAUCUCCGCCCCCCAGGGUCUCUUCACCCCAACCACCGCUCCUCCCCACCCCCAGCUCUAGUCAGGCCGCAGAUGCUAGGAAGUGCCAUUUUAAUUUUCUCCACUGUGUGUGCGUGCUCAGCUCUCUCGCUCUCACGUGGGUGUACAUGUGUGUGAGCGUGUGUGUCUCUCUCUAAAGCAUGCCAAGGUAAUGGUCCAUGUGUACAUAGAUUCAUUGUGCUGUAGAUACUGUCCCGCAUUGUAAUUGUGAGAUGCGGCUGUGACAAGUUGCUGGGGGAGAUGGUGGGGAAGGAGCAGGAAGCGGAGUUUCUCCCCCAUUCUUGGCUGUCACAUGACAUCAGUGUGUAUUCCAACCAAGCAGUGCCCCUUCCAAGGGCAGAACCUCAUAUUCCUCCUAAUCUAAUCAUCAGAACCCAGUCGAGAGUCACUCAGAAUCUCACUAUAAAUGAAAGUGCCUACUAUUGAUGGGGUGAGCAAACAGUAGAAGGAACCAGUGACUUGCAUGAGGGGACCUAGGAGAGAAGGCUCCUGAUUUGACUGUUUCAUGAGUCUGAAGGAUUCACAUACUUCCUGGUUUGGGGCAGCCUUGGCUCUGCUCCACUAAGGAAUGACUAGAAUAUGCUGAAUAAAUUCCCAGGAGCAGGAAGGUCUCCAAGUGUUAACUCCCCACGAAAGAACGAUGAGCCAUGUGGAGACCAGAAACAGCCCCGUUUUGCCCCUACCUAAAUUUCAAAUAAUACUGCAUUUGCCCUAUGGGUACCCUUGAGCAGAGAUUGUUUUCUAUCUCAGAUGAAACACAGUGAGAGCAAGCAAGGGCAAAAAAGUAAACAGUUGCCCUGGUCCAUUCUCAUAGACACAUGGUCAGAGUUCUAAUACCAAGCAUUGAGUGCAACAAAAAGGAAUGCUCUCCUUGUGUUCCUUCACAGAUUUCUGUCCUGUUGUUCUAGGCUAACAAUUGAUUUCGUUGCCCACAUCAUCUCCCUUCAGGUCCACUGAUAGCGUUUAUGACACCAUCAUUCAUAGCCUUUCAUUAUCCUAGACCAGGCUACCAGAGAUGGCAUUAUUUUCACUAUCCCUGAUUACUUUGGACUUCUACUCUUCUGGAAAAGAUACAGUGGGGGGAUAUGGUGUUGAAGUUUACAUCUAAAAGUGUCAUCAUCACAUCAACUCUGAAAUGUGAGCUGGUUCCUUCGCCAAAUGAGCUGGGAUACACCUACCAUUUAGGCAGGAGUUACAUGCACAUCACAAGCUUGGCCUCAUCACAAUGUUAGAGGAUUUUCUUAGCAAAGGCCUUUCAGAUAGAGUUGGAUUUCUGUAUGUAUAUGUCUUUGUCAGGAAACCAACUGUUAUUUUCAAAAACUGCAGGAGGCAUUGGAAGUGGCUCAGUUUACAAAAGAAGAGAAAAUUAUUAUUGAGCUCAUGAUUGAAUGUAUUUCAGCAGCGUAAAAUAUCUCAUCAAGGGUUAGAACCUGGAAAAUAGCUGUCACAUGAGAAAACAAGAAAUUUCAUAACAACGCGUCCAAAAAAGGAGAAAGAAAAAAGAAAAGGAAAGAAAGAGGCAAUAGGGAGGGAAUAUGAAAUAAUCUGCAGUUUUUAUUGUUAGAUUUGGUUAAUUGAAGGCACGUUGCAUGAGUCUCAUCUUUGAGGGGAAUGAUAUUCUCAAUGAGCGACAUUUCCAAUCUCUUCUAGGGGAUUCUAUUUGUCCUAAUUAAUCUCUUAAGAUUUGGCUUUUUAAACAUGAAACAGAAAGACCUAUUGGACUUGGGGACGGGUAAGUGUAGUUGAGGAAGAUCCUGGCAUAGGACAGAAAUUCUUUUCCAAGAAUGUGGCCACUAAAGGAUUGGGAAAGUGAACCAUAUUCCUAUGCUGCAUCAAUUAUUGACAAUCAGGGAUUUCUCUGCAUUUAGUCUUCUUAGAAUGGGAAUAGAAGCAUAUCUCUCUUGAUAUUCAAUACUCCCCUUCUACUGGAGAGCUAACCACAUUCUUAAGUGCAAGUUGUGGAGGAGUGCAUGCUGACUGACAGAUGUAUACAAAAAGAAAGUUACAGCUGUUAAUUCACUUUAGUGCCAGUUUCAGAAACGAGUUCUCCUUGCAUGUCAUAGAUUUUAAUAAGACAACUCACUUUUUUUCAUCAUCUCCAUCUUUUAAAGACUAGAUCUUGGUUUUAUGGAAGGAGAUUCUCCAUUGGAAGAAAUGUUUUUGUCAUCUCAGCACCAUUUGUUCCUGAUUUUAAUAUAAUGACCAUAUAUUAAACACAAUUAAACGUAUAUUGAAUAUUGUGGUGUUUGCCUAUAUCUCUGCAGGAUCUGGGAAUUUUAAAACUUUGUCCUGGCUCCUGUGUCAGAGCAAACAUUGAACCCAGAAGUGUCAUAGGUUUUAAAAUGUCUCUAAGCAAUGUGGAGAAUGCAGAAUCUGGAGACUGGAAAAAGGUCAGUUAAAAAAAAUAGAAGCCACCUACAUUGUCUCAACAUGGGACUUCUUGGAAUUAAGCUCUUUACAUUAUGACAUCUUCAAGAAUUUUGUCCAUUGGAAAUCAAAGCUUGGAUCCCUGCACUGAAUAAGAGUCAACUGGUUGGAAACAAUUUAGUGAAAGGAAUACAAUACAUUGAUUAAUAUGAAUGGUUAAUAUAUUUAAUGCCCUUUGUAAAAUGAAAUGGCACCAUUCAUAACACAAAAUCCUUAGACAUGACUUUUAGUUUACAUAAGUAGAAAUGAUCUUGACCGGGGAUACUUACUAAAGAAUGAGAACUAUCCCAGAUUAUACAACUAUAGAAUUAUAUCCUCUAUAUAAUCAUUCAUCAGAAUUCUUUUUUUCUUGUUUUGAGACAUAAUAUCCCCUUGCCCUAAAAAGAAUGAAGACUUAAGGAAAAUCCAAUAUAUGUUCUGUUAGGAAGAAUUAUUCCAUUAUUCCUUUGCCUUGUCUUCCAAGUCAGGCAGACUUCUUCCUUGCUGUGGGCAAUUAUUAUUACAUAAUCAGACAACUGGGGCUAUUCAUAGAGACCUUGUAAAAGUACUCGUGAUUUUCAUGUUCUUGGAGGACAGAAGCAAAAUCUGUUUCUCCUCCAAAAGUGGACUUACCUCCUUUGCAUACAGAAACUAAACUCCUCAGCAUGAAAUUAUUUCUGAGUCAUUACCUUCCAAGUUAUUAGCUUCUUACCUAUUCAAGUCAUAGAUUUUAUCCCCAGGUUGGUUGUGGUUUCACUGUUUCUAUUAUCUGUCUCCCCAAUUCUGUCAUUUUGGUUUUUGUGGGCCUUGAAUUAUUUGUGGAUAAAUAAUAUAUAUGUGUAUGUAAUUUUUUAAUCUUAUCUUUACAGAUGCUAUAUUUACAAUAUCGUAUGUAUUAUAAGACAAAUCUAGAAUAAUUGUUUAAACUUAAAAAGAAGAGUACUGAAUUUGGUUUAGAAAAAGAGCUAUGCUUCAUUUAGAAAGAUGUGGAGCCCCAUUUUUCCCACUGUGACUAAUUUUUGAAAGGAAGUUGUUUAUGGACCAUUGCUUCAUGGGAUUACCCAUGGCCUUAUUUUUCUUCAUAAACUAUUAUCUUGGAUGUAGUUUUAGUUCCCAACAACUACCAUUUUUUUAUAGAAAUACUAGUAUAAAGCUAUACCUGACCUAUACUAUUCUGAAGAUAAAUAUUGAACAGACCACAAAAAUGAUGAGCUAAGACCUUGAGUUAAGAAAUGCAAGUCCAGUUUAGAAAGCUUCCUUCUUCCAUAACUAUUUAAAAUAUUUCUCCCCCAAAGACUGCAUUUGCCCCAGUGAUGUAAAUUUUCCAUCAUGGUUGGCAUAAUAUCUAUAAAACAUCUCACUAAAGUGCAAAAUGGAGUUUACAUUUAUGUGCAUGUAGUGAAGAGAAGUCACCUCUUCUUACUUGCAUGUAGUUAUAUUGUUAAAUGUGGCCAACUGAAAUUCAAGAAUUUAUUUUCACGCAGUGAUAUAUACAUCACUUUCCUCUUGGCAAGGGAACUGGUAUUAACCUUAGGUUUAGGCUUAACAUUUACACCAGCGCAAAUGUUUAUGAAUAUUAUGGAAAACUUAUUUUAAAAUCUUGAUUUCCUUUCAGCGCAUUUACAUACUGUGUGCUGAUUAAUAAAUUAGGCACCAAUCAUGUGUAAAUCAAUGUAAAUCACUAGUUUAUGUACAUAAUAUCAACUAUGUAAACUUCAUUUUUCAUGCAGGGCCAAGUUCAGUGAAGUCUAGGAAUCUCAAAGAGAAAAAAUCAAAUAAAAAUAAAUAAACCCAAAGCAUUUCACAGGUCAGAAUGGGAAGAAGUAAGAUGAAUGGCCCUAACAGGAAGUUGCCCCAUGAGAAGGUAGGAGGCCCACAGGAGCUACUCAACCUCACAUUCUGCUCAGCCCCCAGAGGCCCCCUAUCCGUUCCCUUAGGACCCAAGUGGGGUUUCUCCCAGCUGUUGCUUCACACCAGAUCAAGAGACAGGGAGGGAGAAAUUUUGAGGACUCACGUGCCUGUAGAGUCAAUUCCUGAGUAUCUUACUUACUUCUGUUGCUCCUUACUUACCUCUAAAACAUGCUAUUUCAAUAGUCCAAGGAUGUCACUAUACUUUCAUGAGCAAAUCGUACUGCAUUUGUAUUUUCCAUCCAACAAAGGUAUUGGUACAACUUCUUUGUUAUCUUGAUUCCAACAAAUUCUGGGGUAUAAGAAAUGUUAUAUUCUAGAGAAAUAUCUUGUUAAGUCACCCAAGGAAACCACUUAGUGUUUCUAUAUACCCAUCUCAAAUAUUGCAAAUGAGAUCCAGAAUUAUUUUCAGAGGGGGUAUAUCCAUCAGACAUGUUUUCUUAGAGUCUUUUUGAAGAAACUGGUGUGUGCCACAGUAUAAACUAAUCCUCCUUUAUAAUCUGAACAAGUGGUACAUAAAAGUCAUCAGAAAAGAUGAUCUCAGGGACCAUGUCAAUUCUCUGCAAGGACUGUUAUAGCAAGAAAUAUGGGUCAAAUGAACAUUAUAUUCAAAGUACACUUCUCUACCCAAAACAAGUGGCACCUUUCAAGUGAGGUGGAAAAGUGUGCUAGGUGGGGAGUCCAGAGUCUGCCGUUGGGGCUGACUACAAACAAGCUGUGUGACCUUAGGGAAGUCACUUAACCUUCCUGAGUCUUGACUUUUGCAUUCUGAAAGUGAAAAUUUUUGAUGAUGUCUCUGAAACUUCUAUCAGUUCAAAACUUUCUGAUUCUGAAAUAAGGACUAAAUCCUCAUGUAAGCCUGUGCCCAGCUUAUCAUUCCAUUCUUGUCUCUGGUCUCUGUAUUAUCUUCAUUUCUCAAAACUAUCAUCUCAUCAUCUGCAUUUCAAAAGUCAAAACUUCUGAGAUGAGAGGGUUCCUGGACUGGUCUAAAAUUAUCUUCUUAAUAAAACUUCUUGGCAAUGUAGAGAAGGGACACACUCAGAUCAUACUAUGAACAUUGAAAGGGCUGGAAUUGUUCUCUUAUUUAUAUCAUUGAAUCCUAACAGCUGAACUAUGUUCUAGUACCUUUUCACAGGAAGGAAAAUACCUAGUGGGGAUCAGGCAUGUACCCAGUAAGGAAGUAGCGCUUAUGAAAGGAAGAAUCAGUUUUCUCUCAUCCUGAUCCAAAUGCCUCCUUAGAGUAAAUGUGUGUCCUUGGAAAGGUUUUCCUGGUGCUGAUGGUAGUAAGCACAUGGUCCCAGGCAGGUUCAAAAGGCUGUUGUGUGAGAAAAGAGAGAGAGAAUAUAUCUUGCUUGGGAAGGAAUUUCCCGUAAGUUUCGCUAAACCUGACUUAUAGGCUGUGAAAUCAAGCAAGUGGAUAAAGAGAAAGUAAGCUUUGUCUUUUUACAAGCACAAGUUAAUUCUAUUUAAAGAAAACAUUGAAAAAUUAGAUGAGAAGACACACAUUUUAGAGAGUUACAGAAGUUGGUAAGAGUAGCUAUGAAAUCCAAAAUCAAACUGGAAGUUAAGUUCUCUGAGAAGAGAGGAAGCAGCAAGGAUGUUUUCUCAGACAGUUAAGGAAGAACUGCUUUCUCGAGCCACGUUCUGGAUGGGUAGAGCGCAGACCCACUUGUCUUGACCCAUUAAAAUACGUCCCCAACCCAUGUUAGUGCUCUGCUUAGCACCUGUCAAAGAUAAUCAUUCCUUAGAGAAUAGAAAGAAUUUAAUCUUUGAUCCACUGAAGAGAAGGGAUUAUUCAUAGCCCCCCAGCAUAAUUAUCACUUUAUGUAGAUAAGGCUAUACAACGUACUUAGAUACUUAGGAAGCUCUCUGUAAGGGGGAGAACACCUGCCCAUAGGACAACCCCCCACUUCAUGGUCAUCUCAGAGGUGCCUCGCUUUGAGUGGUGCUCCUGAUCGCCUCCGACAGCUACUGUCCUCUGCACAAGCUCUCUCCAUGUAAAGCCAGGCACAGAGCACUCAUCUGCUUCUUGCAAAUGAAGACAACACACGGAACUUCUAGCUUCAUGGCAUGCAGCAGGAAUUCUAAGCUCUCUGAAGCCUUUUUUGAACCCAUGUCCAUGUCUUUGCUCUUCAUCAGAGGACAUAAGUGGUUCAUCAGGCAAACUGUAACCAAACAUUUAUUCCCUGAGUAUUUCCUGAGAAUGGGGAAGGUUAAAGGGAGGAAAUCCAGAGGGAGAGAAGCCCAGGGAAAAACCUCCAACUUGCUUUCCCUACUACUGCUUCACCCCUUCUUUCUCACUGCCCUACUGAAGGGUGUAUAAAUCCUGCUCUUGGUUAGAAUUCUCCUAUUAACAGUGUUAUAUACAUAUAAAUAUAUAUAAAUAUAUAAAUAUAUUCCUUUUUUUCAGCCCUGUAGACAUAAACUGAACUUUCCUCGAUGAUACAAACACAUGGCCAUUUUUGUUUGGGUUUUUUGUUGUUCAAGGUUUUUUUAUUUUUGUUCAUUGGGUGGAUUUUUUUCCCUGGACUCUAGCUCUGUGAAGGAAAAUAAAAAGCGCAGUGUGUGUAAAAAAAAAAAAAUUAAAAUUAUGAAAAGCUUUUUUCCUUUUCUUUUUAAAUGUAUUUAAAUUCUGUUCCUCUCUUCUGUUACUUUACACGUAUGAAUGCUCUGCUCUUCUGUGAUCUUAAAACAAAAUGAAAUAAACGUGAAAAGGA